GCCGGCUGUGGGCUUGCAGCAACAUGGCGGCGGUCUUAAUGUCAGCGGCUCUGAGGCAGGCUAUGGGGGCGCGAAGGGCAGCGGCCGCGGCCUCCCGGCUUCCCACCAGGUCACUGAGCACUUCCACAUGGUGGCUGGCAAAGGAUCAAGCUCAAGACAUGCAACUCAUCACAGUUGAUGAAAAAUUGGAUAUUACUACAUUGACUGGUGUUCCAGAGGAACAUAUCAAAACUAGAAAAGUUCAGAUUUUUGUUCCUACUCGCAAUAACAUGCAGUCUGGAGUAAACAACACAAAGAAAUGGAAGAUGGAGUUUGAUACCAGAGAGAGAUGGGAAAACCCGUUGAUGGGUUGGGCAUCAACGGCGGAUCCUCUGUCAAAUCUGGUUCUAACCUUCAGUACCAAAGAAGAUGCAAUUGCAUUUGCAGAAAAAAAUGAAUCAGAGGAUCAUGGAUUUAGAGCUGGAAAGCCCAUGGAGUUCAAGGAAAGCAUCUGGAUCUGGAAGGGGCUCGAGAGACCAUGUAGUCCAAAACCACUCACUGCACUUUACCAGUGAUGAAACUGAGGCCCAUGGAGUGACCUGGCCAAGGCCACGCAGAAAGCGACCGAAUCCAGAUCCAUAGCUUCUCACUCCAAGUGUGUACUCUGCUCACUGUACCACACUGCCUCCCUUUUCUUUGAUUUUGACUGUAAGUCAUGUCUAAUUAAAUGCCAGAUGUUUGAUAUUA